AUGUUUAACGACAGGGCAGAUCGGGACCGACCGCUGUAUAGUGGCAAUGCCGUUGUAGGUACUGCGGCUGCUAUUGCUAUCUUGCAGAUAUUCUUUGUUGUGGCGAGGCUUGGUACUCGGUGUAUGCAGCGGAUGAAACUUCGUGUUGAUGACUAUCUGGUCUUGCUUUCUCUGAUUGCAAGUUUGGCAAAAUCGACAAUUUAUGUCAUACUGGCCACAAUCGGUGGAUUGGGAUACCACUAUGAUUUCAUAUCUCAAGUACCCGAGAAGGCCCUUCUUCAGAGCAAAGGCUUAUUCGCCAUUCAAGUCCUCGACUAUCCAUUCAAUAUCACCCCAGCCAAGAUAGCUCUGCUUCUAUUCUACGUGCGCAUCUUCACCGUCCGCAAAUUUCAGAUCUGCGCAUAUAUUGUUGGGUCUUUAGUCCUCGGAGUAGGACUUGCAACGUUUGUUGACGCUUUCUUCGAAUGUCAGAACAUGGCGAUCUUAGGGACCAAGAGCAUCACGAAUGAGGGAUGUGUUCAUGGGACAUUUGUCUUUCUCGUCCUCUCACCCCUAAAUUCUUUGACUGGUCUUCUGAUCCUUGUGCUGCCCAUCCCGUCUGUUUGGAAACUGCAUGCGCCUCGCGGACACAAGAUAGCUCUGACAGGUAUUUUCCUGCUAAGUGGAAUAGGGGCCAUUGCUAGCAUUCUAAGAAUGACGGUAUACUUCACCGACUACCGAACAGCCAUGCAUGACCCGACAUGGUUAUCAAUAGAACUGAGUACUCUAGCAGUCAUCGAAGGCGGGGUCGUCCUCGUCGCCGCUUGUCUCAUGAGUAUCUGGCCUCUGUUCACCAGACUCAUGCCUCGGCGUGUCCAAGUCUCUCUUUCUCGUCACAGUCCGCGCCAGUGUCCGCGUGACUAUCAUGAGUAUUGGUAUCUCAGAGAAAUUCGAGACGGCAAAAUUUGGGAGAAGCUCGCUCGUUGGAGGGAGGUUCGAGGUGCGGAGGAUAGUUGUGGUAAUACGCUGCCUUCGCCUUGUUCGUUGGCUGACUUGGAGGAUCAGCGGUUGUCGAUUCUUGUUGAUGAGAGGGUGACUGAUCCUCUUAAACAUGGUGUGCGGUUUUCAUGA